CGCGCGCUCGUUUGCGCAAGCGCCCUUUUAGAACAUUACGAGGAAAGAAAAUGUUCGAAAUGUUUUAUUAAUUCAAAUGUUAAAUUAAAUUAAUUUAAUUUUUUUUGUGCAGUUGCUUGUUAAAUGUGUGCUUGACGACAAAAUGGAUUUUUUCAAUUGGAUCGUGAAUCCUAUAUUUGUUUUAUUUAUCACUUGCAUUUCAAUAUCACGCUCCAUGGAUUAUAUUCCAGACAAAUACGACUUAUUAGAUGUUAUACAAGAAAAUACUCAGUCAUUGGAAAGCACGAGCGGAAAUGACAGUUACACGGCCCUCAAAUUAAUAAAAGCUGAACCAGCGAAUGUACCUCUACACGAAGUGUUCCAUACACUGGACAGCCUUAAGCCUCCAUUUGAAAUAUAUGCCUUCAUAAGCCUCAACAUUAGCAAAAAUCCUUGCUUAUUUUCAAUAUCUACAAAUGUCGAUAAGAAAUUUGCACUAUGUUUCGAUCGAUUCCACUCCAGCCAAAUAAGAAUAAAGUUGCUAGACACAGAAUUGUUUACUAAGAAAUCUUUUACGUAUAAAAAAUUUAUAGAAGGCGAAUGGGCCAAAAUAUUUGUACGUGUGGAAGAAAAAAAGUUAGAAUUAUACAUUGAUUGUAAGUUGAUCAAAACUAUUGCCGUCGAACCUGUCAUCAGAGAAAUAAAGUUUUCGAAGCACAGCACACUGUUGCUUGGAAGAUAUGAAGAGACCGAUGAAGUAAUAUUUCAGGGAGCGAUACAAAACCUGCAAAUAUUUCCAAAUCCAGAAAUUUAUGGAAGAGAUAACAUUUGUAAUGAUGCGUUUAGUUUUCCCGAUAGUCAUACUACCCAAAAGCCACAAAAUUUGAAGUUUAUCCGGGGGGACGUUCAAGACUUCAGCAAUGAUCCGAAUGUAGAGGAAACAACGAACUUAGAAGAAAAAAGUAAAAAAACUGAAAUACGUGAAAAAGGUGAUAAAGGAGAAAUGGGUAAUAAAGGUGAAAAAGGUGAACAGGGUCAAAAAGGUGAACAGGGAAACAAAGGUGACGAUGGAAAAUCUAUUACUGGGCACGAGGGUCCACAAGGGCCUAAAGGACCUCCAGGAGCUCCAGGAGUUGCAGGUGAAAGGGGUGAUAAUGGAAAAUGUGAAUGUGUUGCUGGUCCACGUGGCGAACAUGGUCUACCAGGACUUCGAGGUGAACCGGGAGUAAAUGGUUUGGCCGGUUUGCCAGGCACCCCAGGAGAAAGAGGUCCACCAGGUCUAAAUGGUACUAAAGGGGAGCCGGGGGUUCAAGGAAUCGCAGGAAUGGUUGGACCAGAAGGACCAAAAGGACCACCGGGAAAAGAUGGAGACCCUGGACCACCAGGGGAAACCGGACCACCGGGGAAACCAGGAACUGUAAUAAAGGAAAUAGUAGAGGCAAAAAAAAUAAUCACUUGUGAAAAGGGUGAUAUGGGGCCAAUUGGGCCUGCCGGACGAGAUGGAAGAGACGGAGAGAAUGGGAAGAAAGGAGAUCAGGGAGCCAAAGGUGAAAGAGGCUAUCAAGUAAUAGAACAUAUUCAGGGCCAGGAUGGAAAACCAGGACCACCCGGAGAAAAGGGAGACACAGGAAUGUCAGGAAUAAAUGGAAUACCUGGAGAGCCUGGGAGCAAUGGUAAAAAAGGCGAAAAGGGAGACAUAGGAGAAGCCAUAGUAGUGCAAAUUAAAGGAGGGAAAGGUGAAAAGGGAUCGCCUGGUGAGAAGGGAGAUAAAGGAUUAGAAGGCGUCAAAGGAACUGAUGGUACCAAUGGACCACAAGGGCCUCCUGGAGAACGGGGACUUCGAGGAGAGAAGGGAGAAUCUGGAACUGAUGGAAAAAUGGGACAUAAAGGUGAACCUGGAGAACCAGGUCGACCAGGAAAUGUACCAACUGCAGCUAUCAGUAAAGGGUCAAAAGGGCAGCAAGGACCACAUGGCCCCCGAGGCCCACAAGGGCACAAAGGAAAAACUGGACCACGUGGACCAGCGGGUUUAAAAGGACCUAAAGGCGAUAAAGGUGAUUUGGGAGUUAAAGGUGAAAAGGGAGAUACACCAUUCAUUGAUGUUGGGAAGCUUAAAGGUGAAAAAGGAGACAGAGGCGAAAUUGGCCCGGCAGGUAAAAUGGGUAUACCUGGCACACCUGGGAAAUGUGAAAGCUGUAACUCUCAUGUAGUUUCCGGACCACCUGGAUUGCCGGGGCCGGCUGGUCCACCUGGCACAUCAAUAACUGGUCCUAAAGGAGAACCGGGCCAAAUUAUUAAAAGUUCACUUUUUGAUUUCGAUAACAGUAAGGGCACUUUGGAAGACGAAGAUGACUUUUAUACCGCUGGAACUGUUAUUUAUAAAACGAGAAGAGCUCUUUUUAAGAAAACCUCAAGUAUACCUCAGGGAACGUUAGCUUUUAUCAUGGAAGAACAGGAAUUAUUAUUGAGAGUCGGAAAAGGAUGGAAAUAUGUAUUUAUAGAUUCCGUAAUACACACAAGUGCAGUAUUAACACCGCCAAAGUAUAAUACGCUGCAAUCCUCAAAAUUGCAAGUCCCUAAACCGAACAACGAAAGAUAUAUUCGCUUAGUAGCUCUAAACAAGCCAUAUCCUGGAAACAUGCUUACCGCAGCAAAUAGGACUGGAAGGAAUGCUGUUAACCAAGAAUGCUACAGGCAGGGUUCGAAGUCAUUCCACACCAACAAUUUUGUGGCUUUCUUAGCUACUAACGUGGAUGAUCUGAAAUCUGUUGGGAAAACGGGUAUGAAUAGUAACCUGCCGGUUCAGAAUUCUAGAGGCGAGGUACUAUUUGACUCUUGGUCGAGCAUGUUCAAUGGAUCUGGUGCCCUGCUAAACAACUCUAUCUACAGCUUUAACGGGAAGAGUAUAUUUAUUGAUCCCACUUGGCGAACCAAAGCAGUGUGGCUUGGAAGCGACUCCUUCGGCUCAAGGUCACCAAGAUUCUCCUGCGACAAUUGGCAGAGUGAUAACGCAAUCAGCAAAGGUACAGCGUCCUCACUUGCCGGACGUAGACUUCUAGAACUGAAAGAAUAUCCAUGUAACAAGGAGCUUAUAGUUCUCUGCGUAGAAGUUACGUCUCGUACACAAGUUUUGAAAUCAAAUGCAAGAAGGAGACACCACAGGUCAAGAAUGAGUAUGGCGGAAUCUACGUUCUAUAAUCAAAUACCGGAAACAUAACAUUCGCAGAAACACUAGACUAUUUACUGUCUUCCUAAUAUUUCCAUUGUAUAUAGACCCAUAAUAUUAUACUCCUGCGUAGGUUUUAUGAACCAACUAAGUUGAAUAUAAUAAAAUACAUGAAAUCCAUUUACAGUACAUAUAAGUACAUUAUUGAUUGAAAAAUGGCCCUGAACAAAAUAGUAUGUUCAAAAUUAUUAAAAAUUAGAUUUCUUAACCUCAGUUUUUCAAAUGAAUUCAGCAAAUAUUUACUUUCGCGGUAUUUAAUUAUGUUAGUCACGUAGCAUGGAGUUAUCAACGAAAAUAUUCCCUCGCACCGACAAAAUAUGUUGCUAUUUUCAUGUUUGAUGUCGGUUUAAGAUACUCCCCCGCUAUUUAUACAGCUGCAGAGCUUGCAAUCAGUUAAGUUUCAAGCCAAUGUAUACCAAUGUGUUAAGGUAACUUUUGUAACGAUUAUCGCGACCAUCCAUUCAUUAACCUGUUAACGCGCGAUUUCUUUGUGUGAGCAUUGACUGGGUUGAUUGAACGCUCGUGCUUUAUCUUUCAAUUAGUUGCGCGGCGCUGUGUUUUUCUCAGCUUUCAUGACAAAAAAAAAACAUUAUAGAAGACGCUUGAUAUCUCGUUCCCAAAUAAACCUAAAGAACAAAACCGGUUUUAAAUCCUUCAUCCUAAAUGACAACCGUGGCGAGGGGUAUCUACAAUUAGUUGCCUUUUAAAUUUUCAAUUUCGUGUCAUAUUGUUUAGUCAUUAGUAUAAUAUUAUAAAUGUAAGUUAAUUAAUUAUACUUUUAGAUAUAAUAUUUAAACAGUCAUUAAUUUCAACUGUAAGAUAACAAUUUCUUUAGUUUAAGGAUGAUGAUUUUAGAAACGCUUAAUAAGUUAACUAAUUGUUGUCACAUUACACUCAGAACGGUAUAAUCACUUUUCUCUUAAUUUUAUAUUAUUAGUUUUUGAAUAGUAAUUGUAUUGCAGACGUUUUUAAGUUUUCGUAAUAGUUGCAGUGACUUGGUGGAUCCUGCCCUCCUAUGACAGCCUGAACCCAACAAGAAGCAAUUGGUGGCUGAAGAUAUGAAUACGCAAAGUUAGACGGAGGGAUGUCCUAGAGUUGCUGGUUUGCAAAGCAAACAUUAUAAGAAAGCUGGUAUAGGUUUAUUUUUUGCUAGUUCAGAGUUGCCAGACGCCAAAAUUCCAGGUUCAAAUUUGUUACGUCUGCACAGCGCAUAUUUAAAAAAUAUAAAUAAAAAUGUAUGGAAAAUUAUUCAUGACAGGUGCGACACUUUUCCUAUUCUUUAAGGAUCGUAAAACUUACCUUUGGUUUCUAAAUAGAAUUAAGUAUUUGUAUUGUGUUGUUUUAAUCGACAAUAAAAUUCUUUAAAAGUGUUGAAUAAAAUUUUAAAACGAUUUUACAAAAGCUUUUUAGUUAAAGAUCGAGGGGUUAUUGCUCUAACCCCUGACGAAUCUGUGCGCAAAUUUGUUGUUCGCGGUGUACCAACACAGUUCUAAAGUUAAAAAUACUAUGAAAUGUCAUGUUAUGUCUUAUGCAUAUUACUUUAUCGUUAUAUCUAUUAACGUUCCCACUAUAUAUAUAUAAAGAGGACAAGACCUGAUGAUGAAGACCUUAUGUAUUGGAGAUACAUUAUUCUAGUCUUAGAGGUUUUUGACAUAAAGCGAAAUGAAAAAUAAGCUACUUACGAAAUUGUAGCUAAAAAUCUUCUAAAAUAUACUAAAAUUAAGUCUUAUUUUUAUGUGUAUUAGGAUGAAAAAUGAGCGAAGUAUAACUGUGGCAUUUAAGCAGUGAACUUUUUUUGUAUUUUUUAAACAAUUCGGAACUCCUAUUAUUGUUUAAGCACUUGGUUCUCUGGCUUUACGAUAUAUCUCGCAAAAUACUAUCAAUAAAAAAACAAAAAAGUUGUUUGGCUCCUAAUCACUUAAGAAUUGUGCCCUUUACAUGUCAGAAAGACGGGCAGAGUGAAAUUUUUAAGAAUUAAUCCGCAUUUUAUUUUUACCUGCCUUUUAGAGAAAAAUAUUUUU